AUGCCGCCCUUCGCAGCAGUAUGCAGGCGACGUCUGUGCAGGUACUCAUCACGGACCCUCCAGCUACGAGCUCCUUCAACCGGCCGCUGCCUGACGACAAGAACCGGGAGACCGCUCACGGUCCUGGCGCUCGAAUCAUCCGCAGAUGACUCGUGCUGCUCCAUCAUCACCUCCUCCCGCCAGAUACUCGCCAACGUAGUGAUCAAGCAACACCUCCUCAAUGCUCAAUAUGGGGGUAUACAUCCUCUCAGGGCGCAAGAAGCGCAUGCGGCCGGUGUGCCUCUCGCUAUAGCUCAAGCACUCUCUGAAGCGCGUAUGAAGCUCGAGGACGUCGAUGCGAUAGCCUAUACUCGCGGACCGGGCAUGUACGGCUGCCUGUCGGUAGCUGCGGGGAGUGCGAAGGCGUUGGCUACGAGUGCGGGGAAGCCGGUAUAUGGGAUACAUCACAUGCAAGCGCACGCCCUCACUCCGCUCCUCACUGAGCUGGAGCCGCCAGAGUUCCCAUUCUUGGUCUUGCUCGUCUCGGGAGGUCAUACGCAGCUGGUCUUGGCGAAGGGUCUGAACGAGUUUAGGAUAGUAGCGAAUACGCUGGACAACUCUGUAGGGGACGCCUUCGACAAGGCUGCUCGGCUCCUCAAUCUCCCCGCAUCCUCAACCCACAACCCAGGCGCACUACUCGAACAGCAAGCUUCCCUCCCUAGUCUGCCGCCCUUCGAUACCGAGCCCCUUCCACCCUUCCCAAUCCCUCUAUCCCCGUCCUCUUCCGCUUCGAAGCAGCACAAGCGACAGCAUGGCGGGCCAGUAUUCUCUUUUGCGGGCUUGUUGACGCAUACGGGAAGGGUAGUGGAGAGUCUGAGAAAGGAGGGGGUUAGGGAAGAGGCGAUCUGGAGGGAGGUUGGGAGAAGGUUCCAGGUGGCGGCGGUCGGGCACCUGGUCCAGCAGAUCAGGGGCGUAUUGAAGACAAAAGUGGAGCGGGUAAAGGGGUUGGUGGUCAGUGGGGGAGUGGCGAGCAAUCUCUAUCUCCGCCAUCAACUACAAGCUAUGUCGGAUGCGCUCCCACCUGGCCGUAAAGUAAAGCUGUACUACCCCCCUCUCGAGCUCUGUACCGGUAUAGAUAAUGCAGCAAUGAUAGCCUGGACGGCGAUCGUUCGGAUACAAGCUGGAGCUAGGCCAGAGGAGUAUGGUCUCCCCAUCCGGCCAAAGUGGAGUCUGGAGGACCUGUAUGAUGAUUUGCCGGAUAGAUAG